CCUUGUUUUUUUGUUGGUUGUCGUCUCAGAACCAAUGUCAAACGCGCCGACACCGCCACUCUCGCCAAAUGCAAUCGCCGCGCUGAACGACAUUGUGAACAACCGCGACGCCGCGCACCCGUUCGGCAGCCCAAUCGCCGUCGACUCCGUGCUUCACGUUCUUGCAAUCUUCCGAUACACGGUCGACGACCGUCAUUUGGCAGUUAGCCGGCAAACUUCAGACGGCUUUGCUGAUGCGUUCGAUGUGGUGCUCAGCGACGGCACAUCCACGGUAAAGCUGCUGCUUGCAUCGAUCUUCAACAAGAAUGUACACUCUGGCGCAUUGCAGCAAUUUGAUGUGAUUCGAGUCAAAAGCAUUGCUCGGCAGGUCGACGAAAAGAUCCUACAGGCAGAGCCAUUCGGAAUUCUCGUGGAAUACGAGCAUGCCGGCAGGCUCCUGAAGCACCAACUCGAGAGCUUUUCAGACACACUCACUCCGCUCACUCGUGGCCGAGUCUACUAUAGCGAUCUUUACAGCUUGGACUUUCCUUCUUACGAUAGCAGGUGGAGUAAACUCAAUAUCAAUCUGACUCAGGACCAAGGCGCAGACGGUCAUCCCAUUGGGGAAAUCAUCUCCAAACACGCUGAACUCGACGCAAAACCUUCCAUCAUGGGUCGCGUCGUCCGCAAGACCGAUGUUUCUUCGUACGCCAAGCCCGGUUCGCGGCAGCUCUACCCCAUCAUCUUUGGGCUGGUCAUUGCCGACGAUACCGGAGCCAUCCCUGUCGUCUUCUGGAAUGAUCUUUGCGCGAGAUUCUACCAAUCUAUCGCUGUCGGCGAUGUCUUGGUUAUUUCAGGCUUCAAACUGCAGCCUGCAUAUCAAGCAACAUUCCCAAACUUUCCGUACGAGCUUUCGCUCAACCAGUCGCACCCCGAAGCCCAAGUCUCGCGGCUAACGCCGACUGGACACUUUGAUACCCUGUCAUACUCUGGAAACGACAUCUUCCCGCCAGCCUCGGCCAUCGAGACCGUUGUCCCGAUUGCCCUGUUUGAUCGACUGACCUCGUCAACAACGAUCACGCUUGCAGGCAUCAUCACGGCCGUCGGACCGAUCGAACGCGAGCGACUGCCAUCGUCCAAGUUUGUUGUGUAUCGCUGGAUUUGUGUGGUGGACUUGGGCGCAGGUGCCAAAGCCAAACCCUCCGCACCGUUUUGGGUCCGCGUUGGCACCUGCUCUCAGUCGGGCUUUAUCUCGAGCGCCCUCCCUGGCCAAGCCGUGUUGCUGACACGGCUCAAGUUUGUAAGGCCCCCCAUCAAAAUCGACAGCACUGGCAUAAAGUCAGACAGAACGACGCGAUGUUUUGGGGUCACGACUCGCGAAUCCCAAUUCUACUCGCUCCCAACCGAGCGCCAGACUUGUGCAGGAUCCGCUGUGCUUGACGAUGCUGCAGCACUGACUGCCGAUCCCAGCCCAGAGACGGAUCGCCUUGGCCCGUUCGUGCUGCAGCCUUCCGCAGUCGCCAUGCAUGAUGCAGCGGCGAUGGCUCGCACAACCUGUCGCCUUAGUCUCGAAACUAUUGCCAUUGAGAGCAGGAACAUGGCGUUUUUGAGUCCUACGUCGCAGGUGCGCGAAUAUUUGGCGUCGCCAGUGGUCAAGCAUGUGAUUGCAGCUUGCAACGCCACAAGUCUGUCCUUCCUGCGUCCAAUGAAACUGCUGCUUCACCCAGUGAUCGUUGGAGACCGCAUGCCGGAUACUGUCGACCAAAUGACUGAGCUCGCCCAUUCCGAUGACGGAAGCAAUGCGUGGGAGUCGACAGGCCAUCGGCACAGCCACCCGCCCUUGAGUUCCUUGGACGAGGUCAAGACGGCAGCCGCCAAUCUGCACCUGUUUGAGUCCAUGUCGGUUCUUGUUCAAGGCACCAUCAAUAGCUUUCACCUGAGCGAGGAAGUUGCCCAAGUCUGCGUGCUGGAAGAAGCGAAUGCAUCGGCUUUGACGCCAACAGCCUCUUCCUCGCAGACAAACGCCACAGCUGGCACGUCAUCGUCGACUUCCCUACCCACGCGCAGUCGAAGAUCCGCCAGUGCGAUGGACGCGCCGUCCGCCUCUGAGACGGUUGCGACGCGCUCCAGCAAACGGCUUCGUGGCGGUGCCAAACCCAGUCCUAGCCAGUCCCUCAAAGGUGCGUCUUCUGCGGCCGUGCUCGCCGAAAGCGCACCCAAGCUGAGCUCGCAGCAACUGGCUGCCGCAUCCAAAGGUAUUCCGGAACCAGAGCUGGUCUGGACCUUUGACAUCAGCUCCGUGCCAAACACGGCGCAUCCUUUUGGGCUGAUUGUCCCGCCCAAGCGUUCGUUUGAUAUGAGCAUUGUUCCGGCAGUGGAAGCUGCUGGCGCGACCACAUUUGCGAGGACUGCUUGGAGCAUGAGCAUUUCCGGCAUCAACGCCCAAAGCGAGCCGCUCAAAAUUGGUGUCACGCCUGACUGCGCGGAAACCGUUCAUCGAGUGGAUGAGGGACUGAGCUUGCGUGAAGCUCUUGUGGCACGAUUCUCUCCCGAGCUGCUCCAAGGCAUUGCCGAUGUCGAAGAGGAUGCGACAAAGUUGCAAACGACGCUGGUGAAUAACCUGGGUGAUCGCCGAUUACUGUUUGCCAUUCGGUUGCAUCGUGAAAGCAGCCAUCGAGUCGUCGCCAUUUUGUCGCGAGUCUAUCCCUUGUAGCCUGCUUGUUCCCGCCCUUUUUUGUUGUUGUUGUUGUUGUUUCCACUUUUCCAUUUCGUUGGAGUAAAUCUUUUGCGCGCAUGAA